AUGCUGGCACAGGCUGACCGUCAUAACCCUAAUCUGCUCUUUGCGAACUUCAACCAAGACUUCACAUGUAUUUCCGUGGGCACGAAGAAGGGCUACAGCAUUACGAAUUGCGAUCCAUUUGGGAGGGUAUAUACCAUGAACGAUGGCGCCAGAGGCAUUGUUGAGAUGCUGUUCUGCACAUCGCUAAUAGCGCUGGUGGGGGCUGCUGACCAGCCCUCGUCAAGUCCGCGAAAACUCCAGAUAGUCAACACGAAGCGCCAAUCCAUGAUCUGUGAACUCCUCUUCCCCUCGUCCAUCCUCGCAGUCAAACUGAACCGCAAGACGCUUGUUAUUGUGCUCGAGUCCGAAAUAUACAUUUACGAUAUCUCGAAUAUGCGCCUCCUGCACGUCAUCGAGACCACGCCCAACCCGGAAGCAAUAUGCGCCCUCUCCCCCUCCGCAGACAAUUCAUACCUCGCCUACCCCUCUCCCGUCCCUUCGCCAACUACCAUGUCCACGCAAGUACCUUCCGCGCCCUCGGUACAGUCCGGCGACGUCCUCCUGUUCAACACGCGCUCACUAACUGUCGCCAACGUCAUCCAAGCGCACAAGUCGCCCAUUUCCUUCCUCUCCAUCAACUCAAACGGCACCCUGCUAGCGACCGCGUCCGACAAGGGCACCGUGAUCCGUGUCUGGAGCAUCCCCGGCGCGGAGAAGCUCUACCAGUUCCGCCGCGGAACUCGCGAGGCCCGGAUAUACUCGAUAAAUUUCAAUAUUGUAUCGACGCUGCUGGCGGUUAGCUCGGCGCACGAUACGGUGCAUAUCUUCAAGCUGGGGCCUCAUAGAUCGAGUGGAUCGAAACAGGCGAUGGAUGGUGGGUACGAGGCGUAUAUCGACAGCCAGAAGAAGGGUGGUGUUUCUCUGCGCCGUAAAUCCCUGCAAAUGGGAAAGAGCCUCUCGACUUCCGUCGGAGGCUAUCUGCCCAACACUUUGACGGAGAUGUGGGAACCAUCGAGAGAUUUCGCGUUCCUACGGCUACCCACGAGCGGCGUAAGGUCCAUAGUUGCAUUGAGCGGUACGAUGCCUCAGGUCAUGGUCAUCUCUUCCGAUGGCUACUUCUAUUCCUACAGUAUCGACCUAGAGAACGGAGGGGAAUGUUCGCUGUUGAAGCAAUACAGGUGCGAGAAUUUUGAAUCGUAG